AUGGGGCUGCCAGGGACCCCCAACACUCCCAACACCACCAGCACCAACAGCAGCACCAACACCAUCAGCACCACCAGCACCAGUGACCCCAGCACCAGCAGCCCCGGUAACCCCAGCUCCAGGGUCCUGGCUGCUCAGGACGCCAUCGUCUUCUCAGGGGUGGGUGCGGAAGGGGUGACCCCCCCCAGCACAGACACCAGGCUCUCGCCCAAGCCCGUGCCCAUGGAUGAGAACAUCUCCCACGAGCACCAAGGCCCUGGAUCCACAUCCGGGAGCCGCUUCCCCGUGUCCAUGGACGGGAGCAUCUCAGCCGUGCCCAGGGAUGAAAACAUCGCCCACAAGUACCAAGCCCGCGGACCCACAUCCAGGAGCAUCUCCCACGUGCCCACGGAUGAGGACAUCUCCCCCGGGUCCAUGGCCGUGGGUGGGAGCGUCCCGCAGGAGCACCACGGCCACAUCCCCAUGGACCGGAGCAUCUCCCCCGUGUCCCUGCCCUGGGAUGAGACCAUCCCGUGGGAGCGGGAGCCAAUCGAUGACCCCAGGUGGCCCAAGACGACGUGCACAGAGGAGACCAAGACAUCCACGUCCAUGCCCCGGGGUGGGAGCAUCCCGCAGGAGCGUGUGGCCAAGAAUGGGGGCAUCUCCCCCGUGUCCAUGCCCCAGGAUGGGGGCAUCUCCCCCGUGUCCAUGCCCAAGGAUGGGGGCAUCUCCCCCACAUCCAUGCCCGUGGGUGCCAGCUCCUCGCUCCAGCACCGGGAGCCCGAUGGCAGUGAUGAGGAGGAUGAUGCUGAUGAAGGCACCGACAGCGGCUCUGAGGAGGACGAGGAUGAAGAUGAGGAGGAGGAGCCCCAUUUCCACACCAAUCCCCUGUUCCAGAGCCCCCCCCGGCCCCCAGACCCGGAGCUCGAGCCCCCCCAUAGACCCCCCAGCCCCACAACCCCCAUAGACCCCGCCCAGCGCCCCCCCAGCCCCACAGAUGCCCCACAGCAGCCGCUGGGAGCGGGGUCCCCGCCCCCCUCCCCACCGCGGGGUUCCCCCCUCCCGGGCCAUGGCUCUGCCCCGGGCCCCCCCCCCCACCAGGAGCUGCCCCCCGAGACGCCCGCGGAGCCCCCGCCCAGCGCCCAGGGGAGCCCCCCGGGGGGGUCCCGCUCCCACGCUCGCCUCCUGGCUUCGCGCCUCUUCCGCCUCGACGGCGUCCGCAGGUCCGAGGUGGCCGCGUUCCUGCGCCGGGGGGACGGGUUCAGCGCGAUGGUGGCGCAGGAGUACCUGGAGUGGUUCCAGUUCGGGGGGCAGGAGCUGGACCAGGCGCUCAGGAGCUUCCUGCGGGCGCUGGCGCUGUCGGGGGAGACGCAGGAGCGGGAGCGCGUCCUCGGGCACUUCUCGCGGCGCUUCCACAGCUGCAACCCCGGAGCCUUCCCCUCGCCCGACGCGGUUCACUCCCUGACCUGUGCCCUGAUGCUGCUCAACACCGACCUCCACGGGCAGCGCCCAGUUCGUGGCCAACCUGCGCGGGAUGAUGGACGGGGAGGACUUCCCCCGGCAGCAGCUCCAGGCUCUCUACGGCUCCAUCCGCAGGCAGGAGCUGCCGUGGGCGCUGUGAGAUGGGCAGGAGGAGGAGGCCCCCCCCGGCCCCAGGAGCAGCGAAUCCCGGCCGGAGCUGCCGGGGGGGGCCGCGGCCGUCACCCACCGGGGCUGCUUGGCCAGGAAGGUGCUGGCCGAGGCCGGGGGCAGAAAGACGCCGUGGGGCAGACGCGGCUGGAAGCGCUUCGAGGCGGUGCUGGAGGGGACCCUCCUGCAGCUGCGCAGGGCGGGGGCCCCCCCCGAGGCGCCGCUGGGGGUGCACCACGCUCUGGCCGAGCGCGCCCCCGCUUACACCAAGCGCCCCGACGUGUUCCGCCUGCGCGCGGCCGACGGGAGCCGCUUCCUCUUCCAAGCGCCGACGCCCCGGGAGAUGCUGGCCUGGAUCGAGCGCCUCAACCUGGCGGCCGCGCUCCUCUCCGCGCCCCCGUUCCCCGCCGCCGUCGGGUCCCAGCGCGGCCCCGCGCGGCCCCUGCUGCCCGCGGCGCUCAGCCGCAGCCCCCCGGAGGAGCAGCGCCGGAGCCACGCGGCCUGGAUGGAGCGGGUGGAGCGGGAGCUGCGGCAGCGGCAGCGCCACGGGCCCGGCCCCGACCCGCGGCAGCACCGGCGGGACACGGAGCUGCUGCUGCACGAGGUGAGGGCAGCGGCGCCGCUGGGGGGGGGCGCAUCCAGCCCGCGCCGGCGCUACGAGACCUACGUGCGGGUGCUGGACUCGUGGCUCCGCGGCCGGGCCGAGCCGGGCUGGGAGGCGGAGGCGGAGCCGGGAGCGGCCCCCCGGGCCCCCCCGCGCUGAGCAGGGCGCGCUCCAGCCCCUCCCUGGGCCCCGGCCCCGCCGCGGCCCCCCCCGCCCGCGUCCGCAGGAACGAGUCCGAGCGGGGAACGCUGCGGAGCCUCGUGGGCCGGCGGCUGCGGGAGCGGCCCUGA